UUUUUCAUCUCAAUCUACCGGACCAACAUGGCCCAAAGUUUCUUUCUAGAUUCCACACUCGCAGUCUCUGGGGAACAGUUGUUCACCACGGGUGUUUUCCUUCAAGGCAGUUCGAGUUUAAUUAUCCUCCACCUGCUGCUGACUCAAGGAAAAUAAACGACAACCUACCAUGGGGCGAACCACCGUUUUUUUUACGGUAAUAGCUGCCUUCUUAUUUUUGGGGUCCGUCGCAGCUUACCUAAAACAGGGUGAUAGACAGAAGCGUAGCGUUGAUCUGAAUGAAGUCUAUUCGAUGAUAGGCUCAUAUCGACUCCCAAAAGAAAUUCAGCCGACGAGCUACCGUCUCGAACUACAACCUUUCAUUAAGGAGGGCAAGUUCAAGGGUCGUGUAAAGAUCCACAUCGUCCCGACCGACAAGACCGAUCGAAUCACAUUAAACGUUCAUCCGGAUCUACAAAUUUCUCACUCUGAUGUCAGGGUCACUCAAUUGGAUUCUUCCCCAACGAAGGAAACACGGCCAUCCGGAACGUUGACUGUCAAUGUGGCCAGGACUGAACGCCACACCAAAAGACCGUGGUACAUCAUUCACCUCGAACAAAUACUAGACGUACACGAUCUCUAUGAGGUAGACAUUACAUACUCAGGAAAUAUUACUACAAAUGCUACUCAAGGAUUAUUCAGGAAUCAGUACAAGGAUUCUAGUGGCCAAGAGCAUUUCUUCGUGGCUACCUAUCUACGACCAAACCAUGCACAAAGGAUGUUUCCGUGCUUUGACGAACCAGCUUACAAAGCCACCUUUAACCUUAGUGUGACUCGGCCAAGAAAUUACACGGCUCGUUCCAAUACCCCGGUAGAAAAGACCGAAGACGUGUCGGGAGAACCGGAUAUUGUGUGGGAUCACUUUGCACAGACGCCUAAAAUAUCAUCGUAUCAACUGGCACUCGUGAUUUCUGAUUUUGAAAGUAUAAGCCCGACAACAAAGGUGAAUGAAAUGAACGGAAAUAGCCUAGACAUCAGGAUCUGGAGUCGGAAGGAGUACUUAGAGACCCUGAAAGCGGUCCCAGACAAAGUUGUCAAGAUCAUUAAUUAUCUACAAGACUUCUUCAACUCUUCAAUCCUGGUUCCUAAGCUCGACAUUAUGGCUAUUCCAAUGUAUUCAGCGUCCCAGCCAUCGGACAGCUGGGGCCUCAUGUUCUUCAAGGAGAGUGAACUAAGCAGCACUGGAGUCUGGUCUACGGCAUACCAAAUAACCUAUCAAUGGAUUGGACAGUUUGCAACGCCGUUUUGGUGGAGUGAUUCCCUAGUGAAUGAAGCCCUGAACUCGUAUUUGGCCUCAAUGACUACUCUCGAGAUAUACCCCGAUGAAUUGGAUGGAAAGUGGCCUACAACUACCCUCUAUUCUCUUUACUAUGAAUUCGGCAAAAGAUUCCCGUUCUCCAGAAUCAAUGGAAUCAAACAAGACGCCACUGCUGCCAAAACUGCGUUGGUAUUCCGAAUGUUCAACUACACUCUUGGAAAUGACUUGAUGCAACGCAGUCUUCGGAGAUUUAUCCAAAAUCAGUGGCGAGAAAAGUCGAGGACCUUUUUCACGGAUGAUAUUUACACCUGCUUGAACGACGUGGCCAAUGAGUCGCAGAAGCUGAUUCCCGAUCUGACUUUAAAUAACAUUGCUGCCUCCUGGAUCAACCGGGACAGAUUGCCUCUCGUCACGGUCACUCGUGAUUAUGAAUCAGGAAAUAUAACUUUCAGUCAGGAAGUUUACUUGAGAGACCGACCUCAAGAGCCUUCUGAGAGGAGUAAGUACACCUGGUACAUACCCAUCGUAAUCGUCUCCCAAGCCCAUCUUGACUUCAGUAAAACUGUACCGACGGUGUGGAUGAUGAAGGACGCGGACAGAAGUCUGACCAUAAAAGACGUAGCGACAAACAAUAGUUUUGUUAUUGUAAAUCCAGAGGAAAUAGGUAUGUUCCCCGUCAACUACGAUUCUCGCAACUGGGAAAUGCUGGCCAAGUUUCUGCAGGGCCCAGAGAGAGAGAAAAUUCCAGUUCUAACCCGUGCCAAACUUUUACACGACGCUUGGAAUAUCGCAUACGCUGGGGAUCUGUGUUUCGAUAUAGCUCUGAACAUGACGUUGUUCUUGAAGGAAGAAAGAAGCCACGUCGUUUGGGAGCCGGUAUUCCCGAUGAUCGAUCACAUCGGAAGGCGCAUUGAAAAUAGCUGCGUACAUCUCAAGUUUGAGGCAUUUAUUCGCUCGCUGUUGAAGCCUGUUUACGCAAGACUCGGAGAAAUGCCACAACCGGGAGAACCGCUGUGGAAAACCCAAUUGAGAGGAGUGACAAAGAACUUCUUGUGCAAGGCUGGAUACGAACCUUGCAUCAAGGAAGCGCGGGAGCAGUACAAGAAGUGGAUGGCGAAUGAAGAACCGGACAAAGGAAACCCAGUGGCGCACGAAUUCAUCUGUCCAGUUUUCAAAUGGGGAACUGACGACGAGUGGGACUUUGGAUUAAAACGUGUGAUAAACUUCCCUCUGAACUCCCCGGAAAGGAACAAGAGCGAGCGUACCUAUCUGCUUAAGACCUUGGCGGGAUGCCCGAAGGAUGCAUCAAAGAUUAAAAAGCUGCUCGCGGAAACGAUACUUGGAAAGAACUCGGACUUCACGGAUGCGGACAUACAUCUGAUAUUCAGUAUGCUAACGGGAAGCGCAACGGGAUAUACAACCUUGUUCAACUUCCUCUCUGAGAACUGGGAUGAGAUAAAGUUGAAAUUUCAGGAUAAAAAGCACCUUUGGGACGGAAUUGUGAAUUCCGCGACGUUGUCUUUCAACACUCAGGAUGGCUACGACAUGGUGUCAGAAUUGUACGUCAGCCGCCAAGGGGAAGUUGAGACCACCGAUGCUAUUAUAGAAAAAGCGUUGAAGAACAUCAAGGAAGAGACGCAGUGGAGCGAGGAGAAUUUGCCGGUCAUCGAACGCUGGUUGACGGCGAAUCUUUCCAAGGAAGAUUUGGACGCCAUAGCCGCUGCCAGCACCGCCACUACGACAAUGGCCGCGUCUCACGCAGGAUAAUUAGAAAAGUAACGAGAGUUGUUAUUUAUGAGCCUUAUGUUUCACGUACUGUAUUCUCUCGCAUAGCUCUUAAGUAGUCGGUAAAGUAAGUAUCGUAUUCUUUCUAUAAUGGUAAUUAUCGGUAUAUUACAACGACGUAUCCCACCCUGUGUACAUUUAUCGGGAAGAAGUUUUUCUUUGUAAUUAUUAAUAAAUAAAGACAAAAUACGUUCUCAG